CUUAACGUUAACAGCUUUACAUUGUUCGUCUGUUACGUUUGUGCGGAGAAAUGAGAAGUGUCGGAGUCUCGUGUUUGUCCGCUUUGUUGGCUCUAUUGCGGAAUGCCGACGUCGUAACCUUGAAUUCCGUUUUACUUAAAUCUGGUCGGGUCUAAGUGAAAUUUGCAAAUGCGCCAGAAACCAAGAAAAUGGCAGUAAAAGAAUACUUUAAUGCGUAAAGCCGAGGUUGUUUAACGUGUAAAAUUUGGGUUUUAAAUAACUAUAAUGGUAUUUAAAACCGGAAGAUGAUUAAUCGACGCAGUCAAAAAUGUCAGUUUAUGUAUUAAAGUAUUAUUUUACUGCUGGAAUUUUUGGUUUUUGUUGUGUUUGUUUGUUUAUUGCAUGCAGUUAUACGAGAUGUGUAUUGAAUUGACUUCGGAUCCCCGAUGCAAAGAUGAAUUUGUUGUAUUGGCAUGAUGAGAUUUUGUCACGCCAAUACAAUACAAAUGUGUGUCUGCUAUUAAAAGGAAAUGAACAAUACUAAUGUUGACCAAAUUUAAAAAUAUGAAAUUAUUUAAACUGAAGGAUUAACAAAGGUUUUAUAUUUAACCGAAAAUCUCAAUCAUGGCAAUGCGAGAUUUGAUCGAAGGAGAGUGUGGCAGUGCUAAUCCUCUGUUUAAGAUAACUGACCAUCUUACAAGAGACAGAGGUUUGCAACAGGAAGGAUUAAGGAAGACAAAUUCAAAUGUUUCAACAUUCAAAUCAAUAACAGAGGCAUCAGAAAAUGAACUUGUGCAAGAAUUUAUUUUUGAAGCACAAGAUCAUGCAUGUCAAAGAAAUGUUCCUAGAAUGUUUCAUAUGGAAAGUUUGCUUCAAGAAAUGAGAGAAAUUGAGAAACCUUGUCAUCCUCCGUUGCAAGGUCCUUGUGUUGCAGAUUUAGCCACAUCCAGAAAUUGGGCGGAGGAAUAUUUAGCAAACGAGUGCAAUCUGCAGGAGUCAUCUGUUACGGACUGGAACGAACAGUUUUUUUCAGAGAAUCCCUUAUUAGCUAACCCCGACAUUAUUACUGAUACAAAAUGGGCAGAAGAAUAUUUACCGCCAACUGAUACUUAUCAAGAAGAGAACAAGCUUGCCGUUUCCAAGGACAACAUAACCAAAUGGAAUGAAGAAUAUACAUCGGAAGAUAGAGAUCUGGCAAAGGCUGCAAACGAACUGUUGGGCACCAUAGAUGAUCCAAAGUUUUCAGAUUCAGAAUUUUUAAAGUUUAUAAGAAAACUGGGAGAAGGAAGUGCAACUUCGUCCGAAAAUGCCGACAUAUCGGCAGCAGCAAAGAAAGCGGACAUCUGGUCAGAAGAAUUCAACCAGAAAAAUGUUCUCGGUACGGAUUCAUCAAAUUUAGCCAGCACCUGGGGUCAGGAAUUUGUUGAAAAUGAUUCAACCGGUACUUCGAAAAGAAAAGAAGACGAAGAAGAAGAAGAAAACUUCUGGGAAAAAUUGCAGAAAGAGUGGGAACAAAUGGCAAAGGAAGAGCCCGAAGAACAUUCCUGGCUGAAUGAUUUUGAAAAUUUCUCUGAGCCAUACAAGGAAUAUCAGUUUGCAGAAGAUAAUCCAAUGAAAACUCACUCCGAACCGUUUGAAGAAGGACUAGAGAAACUAAAAGAAGGCGAUAUUCCAAGUGCUGUAUUGUUGUUUGAAGCUGCAGUGCAGAGUAAUCCGGAACACGAAAUGGCAUGGCAAUAUUUAGGAACUACUCAAGCAGAAAAUGAACAAGAACCUCAAGCAAUCUCUGCUCUUAAACAAUGUUUGAAAUUAAAUCCGAGGAAUCUGGUAGCACUGAUGUCACUUGCUGCAAGUUACACGAAUGAAUCUCUACAGCAGCAUGCCUGUGUUACGCUACAGGAUUGGCUCAGAUAUAAUCCUAAAUAUUCGCACUUGGUGCCUGAAAGUUCCGACUUGGGUUUGUCACUUAAAAUGUUUGCCAUGCCUUCGAUGUUAUCCAAUGAAAAACAUUCGGAAAUAUGUGAACUGUACAUCAGAGCGGCCCGGAUGUGUCCGAACGAUCCAGAUCCUGACGUGCAGUGUGGACUGGGCAUUCUCUUCAACCUGACUGGCGAAUACGAUAAAGCCGUAGAUUGCUUCAAAGCCGCUCUGCAAAUAAGACCUGAAGACAGUCUUCUUUGGAAUAAACUUGGUGCAACUCUUGCCAAUAGUAAUCGAUCCGAAGAAGCUAUUGAAGCGUAUCACCAUGCUUUAGAAUUAUCGCCUGGUUUUAUACGUUCACGUUUCAAUCUUGGAAUUAGUUGUAUUAAUUUGGGUGCAUACAAAGAAGCAGCCGAACACCUUCUGAUCACCUUAAAUUUACAGAAUGCUGGCCGUGGUCCACAGGGUACAAAAUCGCAGGCGGCAGUGUCGUAUAACAUUUGGUCAACACUGAGAAUGGUCAUGACGCUCCUGAAAAGACACGACCUGUAUGAAGCAGUCGACUCUAAAGACUUAGAAAUGCUCAACAAAGAAUUUGGGAUAGACAGUUGACUCCCCAAUGAUAAAGUAACUUGUGAAUGUAUUUAUAAUGUUUGAAGAGCUUAUUCCAAAUGGCUGUAAGUCAAAAUACAAAUAUUGACGUCGAAAUUAUUUAAAAUUCGACUUGAAAUCUAGUCUCGGUUUCACAGUUUGAUGAGUAAAUCAAACUCGAUUCGAAGUAAUUGCAAACUAUGCAUAAAUAUACAAUAUUUAUUAAUUAUAAACAGUUAAGUUGGCUAUUUGAAACAAUGAGUUCCAAUAUACAAAACUUAUGCAAUAAAUAACAAAAUAUUCCAUCCUAGUUUAAUAAUAAAAAUAGUACUGGGUGAGAAAAUUGAUCCCUUUAUUAAUAAUUGAGUGGCAGUCUGUUUUUAGAACAAUGACAGACAUACUGAUUUAUGCAAAAAAGGAUAAUUUUUAAAAUUGCUUAAUAAAUUCUAUUUAAAUAUUAAAAACAUAUCAAACAAAUAAGAGAGAGAGAAAAUUCAAUUUAUUUUAGCUUAUUUAUGCACAAAAUUGAUAUUUUUAUUUUGUUUUUAUUUAUAGGAAAGCAAUGUUGGUUGAAAACUAUCUCAAAUUGAUGAUAAAUUUUCCAGAACAAAUGCAUAAACUCAGCAAAUAGCUUGAAAAGGAGUUAACAGAAAUGAUAUUGACUCAUCCGUGCAUAAAUUUUAUUAUUUUUAUAUUAUGAAAAUAAUUCUGUCCAUUAAAAACUGAUUUUAAGGAUUUAUUUUAAUGAGAUUGUUAACUAAAGCACCGUUUGUGUGACUUUUCCAUUCCUUAAAAUCAGUUACGCAUUAAAGAGGAGGAGGAUGAAAAUAAAAAACUUUUGAUCCCUUAUCAUAUUAAAUGAAAGUUUUGAUAUUUGUAUGCCUAAGAAUGAUUGAUAUUCGAAGCUGAAUUAUUAAUAACGUCGAGAGAUGAUUUAAACUGAUGCUUUUGAUAUAUUUUAAAUGACACAAAGCAAUAAAGCUAAAAUAUAAUUAAUAUCAAUUGAUAUUUCACCGGACUGAUAAAAUUCAAAUUGAAAAGAGCAGAAUUGCUUGUUACAAUAGAAAAAUAUGCUUAAUUCAGUUUAAUAUCAAUUUGUUUGCAAUGACUAUAUUGCAGAAAUUAUUGUAGUAGUAAAAUGUCAAAGGUUUAACACCUAGACAAAAUAAUAAUAAUUGGGACAGGUCUGAUGAUGAUGGUAGAUAAACUGUUUUGAAGCAGAGAAAAUGCAGAAGUGAAGCUAGGAUAUUAAUAACCAACAAAAAGGAAACAAUUGUUCUAGCCUAGGGUAAGGUUACAGGAAUUAGAAAGAGAGCCAGAGAGAGUCAAAGGUGAUAAACAUAAAUUAAUUGUUGUAAGGAAAAAAAAAA